AACUUUGGACUCAAACACAACCUGUUCUCCAGGCUCCGCCCCCUCCACCUGGCUCACCCAAGAACAACCAGAAAACAGUCAGUCACCGUCAGUGAGUGAAGAGACACAGACUGAAGACCAGACUGUGUCCUCUGACUGAGUCCAGCUGCAGAAGACAAACGUCCACACACUGAAGCUUCUCUCACAGACAAAAUGGCCUCCAGGUUAGAGGAGGAUCUCUGCUGUCCCAUCUGUCAGGACGUCUUCAGAGAUCCUGUCCUUCUGUCCUGUAGCCACAGCUUCUGUAAAGACUGUGUGAAGACAUGGUGGAGAGGCAGACCAACACCAGACUGUCCUGUUUGUAAGAGAAGGUCUUCAAAGGAUGAACCACCCUGUAACCGAGUUUUAAAGAACACGUGUGAGACCUUCUUACAGGAGCGAGGUCAGAGGUCUUCAGAGGUUCUCUGCAGUCAGCACUCUGAGAAACUCAGACUCUUCUGUCUGGACCAUCAGCAGCCAGUGUGUCUCGUCUGCAGAGACUCAAAAAACCACAUCGGCCACAAGUUCAGACCCAUCGAUGAAGCUGCACAAGAACACAAGAAGCAACUUCAGGAAACUCUGGAGACCAUCAAGAAGAACUUAAAGAGUCUGGAAGAAGUUCAGGUGAAGUUUGAUCAAACAGCAGAACACAUUAAAGUCCAGGCCCGACGCACAGAGACACGGAUGAAGGAGCAGUUUAAGAAGCUUCAUCAGUUUCUAGAAGAGGAAGAGGAGACCAGGAUGGCUGCACUGAGGGAGGAAGAGCAGCAGAAGAGUCUCAUGAUGAAGGAGAAGAUGGAGGCUCUGAGCAGAGAGAUAGAAGCUCUAUCAGAUACAGUCAGAGCCACAGAGGAAGAGCUGAGAGCUGAAGACGUCGUCUUCCUGCUCAACUACAGAGAGCUGCAGCGCCCCCUGCUGGAGCCUCCACAGCUGCACUCAGGAGCUCUGAUAGACGAGGCCAAACACCUGUGCAACCUGGCCUUCAACAUCUGGAACAAGAUGAAGGACGUGGUCUCCUACAGUCCUGUGGUUCUGGACCCAAACACCGCUCAUACAAAACUCAUCGUGUCCGAAGAUCUGACCAGUGUGAGACUUGGAGCCAGACAGAAGGUUCCUGAUAAUUCAGAGAGGUUUGAUUAUUACAACAGUGUCCUGGGAUCUGAGGGUUUUAACUCAGGAACUCACAGCUGGGACGUCCAGGUUGGAGACAAUAAAUGGUGGACAGUGGGAGUUUUAGAGUCUGACCUGAGGAAAGGAAACGACGUACUGUCUGGAUUAUGGGGGAUACAGUUAUAUAAAGAUAAAUACUACAAACUGUCAUCAGGUAAAGACUCUGUUCUCCAGCUGAAGAAGAAGAUCCAGAAGAUCAGAGUGAGUCUGGACUGGGACAGAAGACAAGUGUCCUUCUCUGAUCCUGAUACUAACACACUCAUACACAAACACACACACACUUUCACACACACCACGUUUCCAUACAUUAACAAUGCUGAUGAUGUUGAAGUGAAGAUGUUACCAGUGAAGGUUUGAAGGUUAAAGGGACAGUUCACACAAGUGAAGCUGUUCAACUUCACGUCUCUUUCACUCUCUUCACUCGUUCUUCUCUCCUUUCAGAGUUUGUGGUUUUUUCACGUGUAUUAGUGAAAUAUUAAGGUCUAAUUACAGUUAAUCAAUACUUAUUCUGUACUCCUGUACACUUAGUUAAGGGAUGCAUGUUUCCCACUUAAUAAUACGGUCAUUAAUAAAGGGUAAUAAUGUUUAAUAAAUGCUUAAUUAUUGUUAUUCUGUACUUAAAUCAACAGAUUGUGACUGUGUUAACUCUUGUUAAGAGUAGCUUUAUGAACACGUGAUUAAUAUAUGAAUUAAUACCUUCAUUAACCUGAAAAACAUAUUAAACUGUAUGAAAAUGAUUUCUCUGACAUUGUUCUUCAGAUUUGGUUUAGUAGAAGUUUUAACCUUUAUCUGAGAAUACAAUUUAAAAAACAACACAUUUAUCAACAAUAAGUGGUUUUGAUCAGAUAAUAAGUGGUUUUGAUCAGAUAAUAAGUGGUUUUGAUCAAAUAAUAAGUGGUUUUGAUCAGAUAAUAAGUGGUUUUGAUCAAAUAAUAAGUGGUUUUGAUCAGAUAAUAAGUGGAUUUGAUCAGAUAAUAAGUGGUUUUCUUCAUAAGUGACAUGUUUGUCCUGUUGAGGUGAUUCUGUGUGUAAACAUGUGAACAUGUAAUACAGAGACUGUGAUCA